AUGGCCCUGGUUUACCGACCGCCAAGCCAGCGGACGGAUUCGGACGAUGCACUUAUCACCGAGAUAAAAGACAUUUGUCGAAGGAAACACAUAAUGCUACUUGGUGUCUUCAACUGUCCAGACAUAGAGUGGGAUUUGAUGCAUUUAACGCGAUCAGAAAACUCCUUCGAACAGAAACUUAUGCAACUGAUCCCAAUUGGAUUCCUUACCCAGCAUGUUGAAAUGGACACUCGAUUCAGGGAUGGACAGCAGUCCAGUUGUUUGGACCUCAUCAUCACUAGGGAUGAUAGUUGCAUUCUCAGGUUGGAAUCGCACACGCCCCUUGAUUGAAAUGACCACAGCGUGCUUGUUUGGGAGUAAAGCCAUUUUUCUGUACCCGAAAUUCGAGCUGCUGAGGAAAGAAAUGUAUGGAAAAGGAAUUAUACCCGAAUGAAAAACCUGCUACAGAUGGUAAACUGGAACCCAGAAAUCGAUUGGCUCUUCUUCAAGAACAUAACGCAACACUUGGUAGAGAGCUGUUGCCCACUUAAGAAGAAGCUGCGCACUUCCCAACCAGAGUGCGUGACGUCAGAAAUAAAGAAGAACCUUAAACUGAAAAAAUGAGACUUUGGAAAAUGUACGCCAGUUGUCAGCAACCAGAGCAUUUCGCUGACUUCAAAAAACAGAGGGAUGUAUAUCGGAAUCUGUUGAGAAGGGAACGGGCACAAUUUGAGUCAAAACUUUUAAAAAAUAUCCAGCAAAAUAAAAAAAAUUCUUUGGAUACGUGAAUAAAGCAAAACGCAACCGGGACUGCAUUCCCUGCUUAAAAGAUCGCCAGGGCAAUACGCUGUCUGACAACUCAGACAAGGCGGGUCUGUUGUCCGACUUCUUCACGUCUGUGUAUACCGAAGAGCCGGCUUUUGAUGGAAGAGUUUACCCCCCAAUUGUCAAAACAGACAGUACAAUUAGCACGGUGGACUUCACAACAGACACGGUAAGGAAAACUUUGAGGCAACUACAGCCCACUGAAUCCCCUGGUCCGGACGGCAUGUUCGCAAAAGUCCUGAAUGAACUGUCAGACCACCUGGCCUCUCCGUUAUCCAGGAUCUUCAGAACUUCGAUGGAGACCGGGGCUCUGCCUACCGACUGGAAGAAAGCAAAUAUAAGCCCCAUAUAUAAAGGUGGCGAGAGAACAGCCCCAAAUAGUUUCAGACCAGUGAGUCUCAUAAGCAUCUGUUGCAAAUUGAUGGAAAAAGUAAUAAAAACGGAGCUGAUGCGGCACCUCGAAGAAAGCAAUUUGCUCAGUUUACAUCAGCAUGGAGUUCGAAGGUGUUGAUCCUGUCUCACUAACCUCCUAAUAUCCAUGGACAGCUGAACGAAAUCAAUCGACAUGGGUUUAUCAGUCGACGCCGUGUACAUUGACUUCAAAAAGGCUUUUGACAGUGUUCCACACAGACGACUUAUAUGUAAACUACGUCAAGUGGGUGUUCAUGGAAAUCUUUUGAAAUGGCUAGCCGAUUUUGUUACGGGCAGACCUCAGCGUGUGUGUAUCGGAAACGCUAAAUCGGAAUGGGCAUCCGUGCACAGUGGCGUUCCGCAGGGAAGCGUUCUGGGUCCAAUUCUGUUCUCAAUAUAUGUGAACGACUGCCUGGACUGUCUGAACUGCUAGCGAGUAAUGUUUGCCGACGAUCUCAAAUUGUGGAAAUCACUAGAAAAGCCGGAAGACUCUGUACAGUUAUAAGACAAUUUGAAUCGCUUGCAACAAUGGUGUGAUGAGUGGUGUCUUAGUCCAAAUCGUAACAAAUGCCAAAUUAUCCGAUUACGAUCGAGCAACAGGAGGCCGUUGAGGUGUGAAUCUCAGUACUUUAUAGGAGGUCACCAACUCGAAUCAAUCAACGAGUUAAGAGACCUCGGUGUGUGGAUGACGUCAACUCUCAAACCAUCGUCUCGCUGCGCCAAGGUAUCAAAGAAAGCUAUGGGUAUCUUAGGCACGAUUAGAAGAUCCUUCGUCAAUUUUGACGAAGAACUUUUCGGCCGAGUAUUUGGCACAUACGUUCGACUAAUGUUGGAAUACUGUGUCCAGGCAUGGUGUCCCUGGAAGCAAAAAAUUACACCCUACUGGAGAACAUACAGCGAAGAGCGACCAAGCUAGUCGGCGGAUCAAGUAGCUUACCUUAUGAGAGACGGCUGGAGAAGCUAAAAAUAUUUCCUCUCUAUUAUAGGCAGUACAGAGGGGAUAUUAUCAUGGCCUUCAGGAUCGUCCGAGGGCUAGACUGUGCUCCUCAGUUUGACGACCUCUUCGAACUGGCGCGGCCGAUAAAUCUUCGAGGGCACCAAUACAAAUUGAAGGCGAAAUAUGCCAAAUUCGAGUUGCGGGCCAAAUUCUUCUGCCACCGGCUGGUUGAGGGAUGGAGCAAAUUGCCGAACUCCGUUGUCUUAGCGGAAAACGUCGAGACUUUCAAAAGAAGACUAGAUAAAUUUAUGCUUGAUGGUCAAACAUUUACAUAAUACCAUUGACUGGUAUAACUGUUAUGUAAAUAUCUGCAUGUUUUUUCAUACGUCUACCUGUAAAUAGGGUUUUCCAGGGCUCUGCCUCUAUCCCUCAUGUAUGCUGAAUUAUACUGAAAUCUCUUAUAUGCAAUUCAGGCCUGGAGACCGUGGACGCAUCAGGAUUACAAUCUGCUCGAAAGGGUACAGAGGCGAGCAACAAAAUUAAUAAGAGGUCAGAGUGCACUGCCAUACGAUAUUCGCUUAAAUAACCUUAAUCUCUAUCCUCUGAGUUAUAGGCAGUUGCGCGGAGACUUGAUAUAAACUUUCCGUAUCGUGCGUGGCUUGGACUGAGCCCUUCGGUGCGAUGACUUUUCCCAACUCGCCACAACAACUAACCUCCGAGGACAUCCCUUCAAGCUCCGUGUGCCCUAGGGUAGAUUGAAUGUGAGAAGAUAUUCCUUCUCCAAUCGUGUCGUGGGACCGUGGAAUAAUCUUCCCGAGACGGUUGUCAUGUCUCAAUCUGUGGAGACAUUUAAAUGUCGGCUUGACAGACAUAUGCUACAGCAACAAGCGGACUAUGUGACUUUUUAAACAUGAGACCAGUGACAUAUAUCAAUGAAUGUCUGCAUUCACCUAAUGCUGUAAUUUCUUCACAUUUUUGCUUAUUUAUCGAUUUAUUAUGUACAAAUAGGGAGUUCAAAGGCGUAAGCCUAUUCCCCUUUAAAUACACUGACACUGACUGAACCUUACUGUCUUGUUGAUCCCUUUUUUAAGUUCUCGUGUUAACCACUGAGGGCGGUUGGAUGUCCUAGGCUUUGAUAAGGGACAGUGGCUCUUCAUUAGAUGCAGUAACCGAUCCGUGAAUAAAUUCCAAUCCUCGUUAACGUUUCCGGAGAAGAUAACAUCCCAGUCUAUUUGUGAUGCCUCAGCUCUCAUUUAGCAAUAGUCCCCAUUCCAUAUAUUUGGCCUCGUAUCCUAUUUCUUAUAUGGUUAAGAAUACAGCUCGUACUCCCAUGAAAGUACUGCAUGAUCACUUCGGCCGAGCGGGGGUAGGUAGUACACCUCGUCUAUACUGUCAGGAUCUUUGGUAAAAACGAGGUCCAGACAACUGGCCUGUUGCCGUCCACGCGCGCUAGUUGGAAACAGGACACGUUGCGUAAGAAGAGCUUCUAGGGUUGUCUUUAAUAGACGGUAGUCGAAGGCAUUUUUCGAGCACUUCGCAUGCAUAUCACUGCAUUGAAAGCAGGGUGAAUUAAAAUCCCCCUGAGAACAACGUCUGGUCCACUGGCAAUCUCUCUUAUGCUUUCCAGUAGACAAGUGUCUGGGUCGGGAUCCGUCUGCGGGGGCUGGUAGAUAGUUACGACUUCAAGGGACUGAGAUCCCUGUACCUUUAUAGUCAGCCAAAUUGGCUCUGUGUCGCCAGAAAUCUUGUCGGUCCUCUCACACACCGUUAAGUCGCUCUUGACAUACAUGGCAACUCCUCCACCCCGGCGGCCUCUCCUGUCUCUCCUAAAGAAUUGUUAUCCUGCUAGUGCUACCUCGCAAUCACCUACGUCCUCUGACAGGCACGUUUAUGUGAUUGCAAUAACGUCCGGAGGAGCGUCGGUUACCUGUAUUCUUAGUUCGUCUAGCUUAAAAAACAGACUCUGAGCAUUGGUGUAAAAGAAUUUAAGUUUGCAGCACUCGACAGUGCUUCGUUCGGUUUGUCUCGGGCUUGCCUAUAUUAUGUUAUUGCCGCCAUCAUGAUGACUGGCCGGUUCCAAAGCAACAUCGCAUUCCUCUGUAUCGCUCGUCCCCUGAAACAAGCCAAGUUGCUCUCUCCUGCUGCAUUUCCCCUAUUUAGCUCUGUCACUAAUUCGCGGAGUUUCAGACGUUCUGCGGGAGAAUAGUCCGGCUGUAAAAACUUCCAUGUAAAAGUUUCGGAGGCUGCUCUUCCUGGACAGAAGUAAGCUAGCCUCCUCUUAACUGCCCAAAACAAUUUUCAGAGGUCGAGGCCGCACAGUGCCCGAUUGUUCGCUCGCCCUCUUUCCGAUCCUAAAGGCUGCGCGAAUGGUUACCUUUCCAUUCGAAUUAAGCCUUUUGUUCAGUAGGUGUUGAAACAUAUCAAGGUCAGCGGAAAUCCUCCUUUUCGGAAUAGGAGCACUCGACUCCGAUUUGCCCUGGACGACUAAGCAAUGCUGACGAUUAAUGGGUCCAUUUGUUCUGUUUCCGGCUGCCUUUUCAGCCGAAGGUCCCAGGAGAUCUACCGGAGUCGUCUGGAGUUUUAUAUUCCUGUUGUGUUGCUUACCCAUUUCACCUUGCCACGAGAUUUUUUCCUCACUUCCAACCGAGGGUUCUACUGAACAGUUUCGGAAUAGUUUCAGACAACGGGGAAUUAAAGGAAUUGAGUCCCUUUUAAUGGUGAAAUGUUUGGCAAAGAAUGAAUUUAAAAUUCCUGCUUUGCCUGACUCCUCUGUAAUGAAGGUAUCGUUCGCAAUAAACAAAGGCGGAGUGACUUGGUGGGACUUAGCUGCUAAUCUCAGACGAAAGACCUGAGCAAUUGAUUUAGAGGCAUUUACGCCAAUAAUAGCUAGAGACUGACUAAACCUAUUUCGCGCGAGCCUCAUUUUCGAAGCUAAUUCAAAUAUUUCAACGAUUCUUAGGUGAACUGAUAAUGAGCUUAUGGAAGGAUCUCUAAGCUGCUUCCGUAGUUUUUUAUGUCUGCUUUUAGGAAAAUAUGGGACAGCGGGGAAGUGGAACGCGAUUUAAACUUCUUCCGUGGAAAUAGGCUGAGUGGACCUUCUGUUACCUACUGUAAUUGUUGAAAAAGUUUAGAUCAUUUUUUAAAAAAAUAUUAUGCCAAUCAAGAGAGCCUGUAAAAGUAUUAACAAAUUCCUUUUUAACAUUUGCAUGGACAAAAAAGCUGCGUUUUACUGUUGGCUUUUUGGAAAUGGCAACAGGAAAACGACAAUGAAUUAAUGUAUGAUCACUUACAAAAAUGGCACGAUGGAAUCCAUAAACAGAGGGAAGAUGUCAUUAGUAAAAAUUAAAUCUAAUAAACGUGUUGUUUCUGGUCAAAGAGUGAAUUAAUUGAGACAAGUUAGAAAAGUGCAUAGUGUCUAGAAGCUUCUAGAAUUUAGGAGAGGAAGUGUGUUUAUGCCAGUCACUUUCUGGCAAAUCAAAAUCGCCUACGAUGAUCUCGACAUCUUGAUUCAAGGCAAGAGAUAUGUCAAAAGAUACGGCGCAUGAAGCAGGAGGACUUCACAGCCAUUAGUUCCAAAUGAAGGACAUUGGCAGCAUCAUCCAGAAUUCGAUAAGCAAAAUGCUUGUCCAUUGUGAAAUAUUGCUGGAUCAUAAUAUCGAUUUAAAUAUACCCGAAACAGAGUAGAACAUUCCGAUAUAUCGUCUUAAGAUUAGCAUUCUUUUUAAGUGGAGCAGAAAAUCGAUAGCAGAACGACUCGGUCAUCUGCAGAUUUAAAGAAGCUCGUCAAGUUGGUGAUGAGGAGGUGGCCCGACCGGGAUAUGACCUCACUCUUGUAAUUACGCUGUCAAUUUAUAAGGGUGAGGAUAUUGCCGGCUCAAAUCCAACUCUUUCAAACAGCAGAUUAUAAGGUCGGCCCGUGGACCAAAAUCUGAAGAGCUUGGCUUCCUCGAAUUUCAAAAAAUGUGAAACUGGUAUUAAAAACGUAGUCGCUGAAAUGUGAUGUCUACAAGCCGCCUACCUAACCUAAAUAUGCUUCCCUUAAGUUAUUCACAAGUAUGCUAGAACUUGUUACAAACAGUUCGCCUUCAGAACGGAUCGGAUUGCUUUAGUAUGGAAAGGCCCUUAAUCUCUUCAAAGGUAAUCAGCUACUAGAGGAAGACCUCAAAGCGAUGCAUGCCUCACAGUUAGCCUGGACUUUGAAAAAUUAAUUUUUUCCCUUGAAAUGCAUAUAACUCGUGUUACGCACCAGUUUGACUUUUCCAACGUCCUCUCGUUCUCUUAAGACGGCUCUACGUUUUUUUUCUGUAAAUUGGAUUCCCCAAGUUUCAUACCCAAUUCCCCCUUAGUCAUCUGAUCUGUUCCCCGAGUUUGUUUAAGUGAACACUUGGGGCCACUACGAGGUAAUUUGAGUGUGCACCUGGGCACGUUUGCAGGUAUUGCCUUCUGUGGGCCCUCUUUUCUGGUAGCAGGUCUAGGUUUAUCUUCUUGUUCCAGCAGUUUUUGCAGGUUCUCCUUCUUAUUGAGAUUGCCAGGCUUUUUUUCAUCCUGUCCGCGACCUGCCCAUCGGCCUGUUGCUUUUUUGGAUAUUUAGUCUAUCCUAGCGUUUGCGUACGGUUUUCCUCCCCACCGACUCCCUUACAGUAACAGUUUAGUGCACUCUAUCGCACCUGCUAGUUGUUGAUUAAAAUAGCUACUAAAGGACGCUUGACUAGAACUAACCACAGCUGUCGGAACGUUGUUUGCGCGUCGCACGUGUGCCUUGCGGCCCGCGUUAUGAUCCCAACUCUCCUACUCCAGUUCAUUUGCCCCUCCUCAGAAUGGUCAUCGAAUACCUGUCACAGUGGUUGCCCUUUACUUUCACCCAGCCUGUAAUGUUACAUACCUGCUCUAUGUGCUGUUUUUCGCCUUUGUUGCAGCUCAUCUGAAGUAA